AUAUAAAUCGAAACGAUCACUUCAGUCGUCACAUUCAAUCUCUUACCGUAGCACUUUCAAGAUAUCAUAUUUGAACGAGUUUAUAUAAACGUAUCACCAUGAAAUACAUUGUAGCUAUUGCUUUGAUGGCCGUUGCCGUUUUUGCUAGUCCAGAAUGGAAGAUUCAGACUGUCGAUAAUUUGAAUGCCUACCGACCAGAAUGCGCAAAAACAUUAAGCAUACCCGAAGACAAAGUGAACGAAUACAAGAAAUUCAACUUCCCUAAUGACGAGAAAACUCAAUGCUAUAUCAAAUGUAUCUUUGGCAAAAUGGGACUUUUUGAUGAGAAGGAUGGCUUCAACGUUGAACGCUUAGUUAAACAAUUGGGUCAAGGAAAGAACGAAACUACCAUUCGACCAGAAAUCGUGAAAUGUGCUGACAAAAAUCCACAAAAGACCAACGGCUGCCAAUGGGCAUACCGUGGUUUUGACUGCUUCAAGAAGGCCCAUUUGGAAUUGGUCCAAAACAGCAUAAAGAAGAACUAAAUUUGAAUUGUCCGAUUACUUUGUGCUAAUGAUGAAAAAAAAAAA